UGACUGGCCGGACUGAGGAUUUACACCUUAAUCUCAGCGUUUAUCCUUCAUAUCUGUCUUCACAGUAAUGCUGCGGUAAAGUUCAGCACCGUGCGUGUGUGUGCAUGCGUGUGUGUGUGUGUGCAGACAUGCGGGACAGGGUGCGGGCUGUGACUCUCCAGGUAGUGAAAGAAAGCGGACUGCACCUUUUGGAUCGCUGCUCCGCUCCCUGAGGCUUCCUGAGCCGCGGCGGACUCCAACUUUCCCUUCGGCUUCGCUUUGGAUUUCUCCCCAAAAUGUCGGAGGACAACACGGAUAUUCCUAAAGAGCUGCUCGACAGCAUGCGGGAGGCGGUGGGCCGGCGGGUGAAGCUGAGCCUGAGGCGACGAGUCCAGCUGGAGGUCAAAGGUGACAAACUGGAGAACAGAGUGCUGGCUCUGGCGUCACAUCGAGCCUAUUUACUGACCGCACGAGUCCCAUCCAAGGUGGAACACUCCUUUAACUACCUGGAUAUCCAGGGAAUCAGCAGCAACAAGCCCACUCAGCUGGUGCUGGAGUUGGAGCGCGCUCAGUGGAGCCUGCGGCUGGGCUCGCAGGACGAGGUGGACGAGGUGAUCGCUCACAUCGGCAGCAGCCUGCACAGGAUCUGCCCGGCCGGCUCACCUGUGAAGGUGAUGAGGAAGCUGAGCCUGAGGCCGGCAGAACGGGCGGCGGCGCUGCAGACGGCGUGGGACGAGCAGAGCGCCGCUGACCUGGGACCCUGCGGUGGAUUCUCCCAUCAGUACUGGUGUGUGUGUGAUCAGCUCGGCCUGCCGUACCGGGAGGAGGUGCAAUGGGAUGUGGACACCAUCUAUCUGACCCAGGACACCAGAGAGCUCAACCUGCAGGACUUCGUCCACCUGGAGAACAGGGAUCUGGUGGCCAUCAUCUCGGUGUUGGAGUACAACCAGUGGUUCACCAAACUCUCCACCAAAGACUACAAACUGGCCACAGACGUGUGUGAGCAGAUCCUGCGGGUGGUGGCUCGCUCCAGCCGGCUGGAGGAGCUGCUGCUGGACAACGCCGGGCUCAAGAGUGACUUCGCUCAGAAACUGGCCGGUGCUCUGUCACACAACCCGGCGUCGACGCUGCACACACUCAACCUGGCCAACAACUCACUGGAGGACAAGGGCGUGUCGGCUCUGAGCGCUCAGUUAGCCAAACUGCCCAUGGGCCUGAAACACCUGAACCUGUCCAGGACGUCCAUGUCUCCUAAAGGAGUGAACAGCCUGUGCCAGGCUCUGUGUGCCAACCCGGUGGUCUGCAGCACGCUGACCCACCUGGACCUGUCGGGGAACUCUCUGCGGGGCGACGACCUGCCGAACCUGCACAGCUUUCUGAGCCACCCAAACUGCCUGGAGACGCUGGACCUGUCCCACAGCGACUGCGCUCUGGACCAGGUGUGUGCGUCUCUGCUGAGAGGCUCCCUGAAGCAUCUGUCUGUCCUCAACAUGUCCAAGACCGUUUUCUCCCACAGGAAAAGCAAGGAGGUGCCUCCGUCCUUCAAGCAGUUCUUCAGCAGCGUUCAGGCUCUCGGCUCCGUCAGCCUGUCAGGAACCAGGCUGCCGCUGGAGGCGCUCAAGUCGCUGCUGUUGGGUCUCGGCUGCAACCCGAACCUCAGCGAGGUUUCUCUGGACCUGAGCAGCUGUGAGCUGCGCUCGGCGGGCUCUCAGAUCCUGGAGGGCUGCAUCGCCGAGAUCCCCAACAUCUCCAGUCUGGACAUCUCCGACAACGGCCUGGACAUGGACCUGACCACGCUGCUGGUGUGGCUCGCCAAGAACCGCUCCAUCCGACACCUGUCGCUGGGCAAGAACUUCAACAACAUCAAGUCCAAGAACGUGUCGCAGGUGCUGGACAACCUGGUGCACAUGAUCCAGGAGGAAGAGUCGCCGCUGACCUCCCUGUCGCUGGCCGACUCGCGGCUCAAGGCCGAGCUGUCCAUCGUGCUGAACGCUCUGGGCAGCAACACAUCGCUCACCCGGCUCGACAUCAGCGGCAACGCCAUGGGAGACAUGGGGGCCAAGAUGCUGGCCAAGGCCCUGCAGAUCAACACCAAGCUGCGGACGGUGGUGUGGGACAGGAACAGCGUCAGCCCUCAGGGUCUGCAGGACGUCGCCGCUGCUCUGGAAAAGAACCACACCAUCCGCUUCAUGCCCGUCCCCAUCAUGGACGCCGCCCAGGCUCUGAAGGCCAGCCCGGAGAAGACGGAGGACGCCCUGCUGAAGAUGGAGCAGUACCUGCUGAGGAACCAUGAGACCAGGAAGUAUCUGCAGGAGCAGGCGUACAGGCUGCAGCAGGGCAUCGUGACCAGCACCACGCAGCAGAUGAUGGACCAGAUCUGCGUGAAGGUGCAGGACCACCUGAACUCUCUGAGGUUCUCGGAGACGGACUCGGUGCAGGAGGACAUGAGGACGGCCGAGAACCUGAUGAAGGACGCCAGGAACUCCAAGACGCUGCUGCCCAACCUGUACCACCUGAGCAGCGGGGGGAGCCGGGGCCCGUGCGUCGGGGCCAUCCAGGACAAACUGGAGUCCAUGGCAGGGGAGGUGGCCCGGGUCAUGGACGAGCAGCUGCAGGUGUUGCUGGCGUCCAUGGUGUCGGCCGCAGAGUCUCUGUGUCCUCACGUGAUGAAGAGGAGCAGCGGCCUUCGUCAGGAGCUGCUGCAGGCCAGCGCCGGCAGGAUGAGCGUCCCCCGCAGCUUCAUCACCGCCACGCUGCUGGAGCAGAGCGGCGUCGACAUCAUCAACAAGAUCAGCGAGGUGAAGCUCAGCAUGGCCUCGUUUCUGUCCGAUCGCAUCGUGGACGAAAUCCUGGAGUCUCUGUCCAGAUCACAGCACACUCUGGCGGAGCAUCUGAUCAGGAAGGGCCAGCCGCUGCUGCGUCAGGAGCCCCAGAUGGAGGCCGAGGUCCUGGACGAGACGGUGCUGCAGCCCGAGAGCCAGAACCAGAACCAGGAGCAGGACCAGGAGCAGGAGCUGGACCAGGAUCUGGACCGCAGGCUGCAGGACAUGGACGCCUGCGUGAUGACUCCCAAAUCCAAGAGGAAGAGCAUUUUGGUGCGGAUGCUGCGGCCGGUUUCUGUGGCGUUCGAGAUGGAGUUUGACCUGGACAAAGCGCUGGAGGAGGUGCCCAUCCAUGUGGAGGACCCGCCUCCUCCCCCUCCUCCUGCACAGCCAUUGGACAGGAUGUCGGCGUAUCUCGGCGACCUGCCGCCUCCCCCUUCCCCGCUGGAGCUGCCCACCGCCGAGACCGCCAGGCUGGAGCAUCACACCAAGCUCCGCCCCAAACCCAGGAAGAGGACCAGACCCAGCCGAGCACCUCGGCGGGCGGACGCCGUCUCGGUGCCGCAGGAGGCGGAGCAGAACGGCAUCAUGGGAAAGCUGGACGAGGGCCUGGAUGAGUUCUUUUCCAAGAAAGUCAUUAAACUCAGUUUCAAACGGUCGGCUCGCUCCUCCAGCAGCCAGGAAGCCGUGGAGAAGAAGCGUGAAUCCAGGAAGAGCGGCUUCCUCAACCUCAUCAAAUCCCGGACGUCCCGCUCAGAGAAGAGCCACGGAGCCGCCGCCAUCACGCCUCCCGCUCCCGCCUCCGUCGCCGCCCCGCCUUCCUCUUCUGUCACCACGGUGACAGAGGAGCCGACGCCGACGCCCCCCAGGGUGGCGACGAAAAGCCCCGAACCGGCUGCCGAGCCCCCGCAGGAGCUCCACAGGGCGCCGUCUCAGGACCACGCCGAUUCGGAGACGGAGGCGUCCACGAGCGCCGCUGAGCCAGGAGGCGAGGAGGAGAAGGAGGAGGAGGAAAAGGUGGAGAGGAAGGAGAACCCUCACGUUCCCCGCCAUUUUGGGGUUCCCAUCAUGGGCAUGGACCUGCUGGCUGAGAUGAAGGCCGUGCAGGAGAAAAUGGCCAAGCCCGAGUCGUCGUCCUCACUGGACAAGCCGGAUGAUGACACCGCAGCAGCUCAGCCCGACGGCCAGGCCGGAGCGCUGGACGGUGACGACUCCAGACCGGAGCCGGCUCCCCGCAGCAAGCCGCCCAGCGUGGGCCCCAAACCCCCACCGCCCCAGGGCACCAAGCCCCCGCUGGGGCCCCGCACCUCCGGGCCCCUCAGCCCCACCGGCCCCUCCAGCCCCAGACUGAGCAGCAGCUGCAGCACCGACGACUCGAUUGCUGAGGCUCCGGCCGGCGGCCUGUCGCCCAGAGGCCCGCUCCCCGCCCCUCGCCUGAAGAGGGCGCCGUCCGAGCAGGAGAGAGAGAGCAGCCCUGCAGCCGCCCCGCCGCCGCCGGACGGAGACGGCGGCGUGUUCGAGCCGCCCCGAGACGCCGACGAGCCCGCCGCCACCGGCAGCAGACGCUCGUCGUCCCUGAAGAGUUCGGCCAACCCUGCAGCCAAGGAGGACGAACGCGAGCGCGCCAAGUCCCUCCCCGCCUACGUGAGGCCUCCCUCUGUGGCAGACUCAGAUCUCAACCCGGCGGGGGAGGAAGGCGUCCCGGCCGCUCCCUCCGAUCUGCAGUCUGAUGAUAAAUCUGAGGAUGAAUCCGGCGACGGCGUCCUCCCAGAGUGACCCGGGCCGACCCCUGCGUGACCCGGGCCGACCCCGCUCGGCUGCUGCUGUCCUGCUUCCACUUUGGCUCUUCAGUCCUGCUUCCCGGUCAUUUCUAUUUCUGUUGGCUCCCUCCACGUGCUGGUCCCGUCUCCAGGGAAACGUUUAACGGAGGGCGAUUGCAAACCCAGCAGCAGAUCAGAGAUAAUCUUCACUUCCCGCUGAGGAAAAUGCACUUGCUCUCGGCGCCGUCCUGUGAGGGGGCAUCCUCCAAACCACGUCUUUAACGCCGUCGGUCCAUGAAGUCUCUCGACUUCAGAUGAGUCCCGCCCGCCCGGCCGAGCCGCCGCCGCCGCGGCUCCAUUAUCUUCCCCGUCAGCAGCUGCAGCAGGAUCCUAACAGGACGGAGCAGAUGGCCUCUGGUCGAUUAGAGAUCCAUAUCCAGCUAUAAAAAGCUAAAUUAGUCCAAAGCACUGGCAAGAAUCAGUCUGACUUGUUUUUUAUGUGUCUGAACUCAAGCUUUUAGCUUUUACAUCUGUCCCAGAGGCAAAUUACCACGAGCUGGCCGGUUUUUACUGUUAAAUGAGCCGGCCUGCCAGAUAUCAGCGGACAGCCUGGAGCUAAAAAUGUCCCUUGAAACCUCAAUUCCACAUGUUGAAAAUUAAGCAAUGUCCACAAAUUAGAAAAUACAGAUGAUUUGGGAGCACUUCUUGGUACCAGAAAUGUCCAUGUGCCCUUGAUUAUUAUUAUUAUUAUUAUUAUUAUUAUCAAUACCAAAGUGUAUUAAAGAGGGUUGGAGGCGGUCCAAUGUGAUAGCAUAAGUUUAAAAGAAAUUAUUUAACACCAGCAAUCUAAAAAGUUAAAACUGACCGAUAUGAUUGUUUGUUUUAGUUCUGCAAACUUUUCUCUCAUCUCAUUGGUUGACUUGAACCCAAGUGGGCGGAGACUAAAGGACGGAGAGCAAGACGUCAAUAUGAACCCCAUGGUGAUGUGAAUAAAAAAACGAAUUACUUAAUAAAAGUCGUUGUUGUUGUUUUAUUAACGUCUUGACCAGAAUCCCUUCUUUGCGGUUUGACUUGCAGGAGCCUCUUUGGCUCCGCCCACUGAGAUUUGAAUCAACCAGUGAGAUUAUUUCUGCCAACAGAGCAGCUCACAGAUAUGUGUCGAGCUAAAACGACAUAAUCUGGUGCCGAAUGUAAACGCACGUGGCAUUUUAAUGAACAUUUUUAUCAUUUUUUUUCCUGCUCUGUUUAACUUUAAUCAUGUCGCGCUGUUUUGGCCUCGUCACCCUCGAAAAAAUGACUUUAUCUCAAGCGAUUUCCUGGUUAAAGAAAAGAAAAAUAAAUAAUACCCCCCCGCGCGUGCACGCGCUCGCUGCUGUUUCCUGAUGUAACACACACACAGCGUUAACCUUCAGGUUUAUAUGUUUAUAGAAUUAAUGGGUUUUAUAUCAGAGCUCAGUACAGUAACUCUGGGUUUAUUUUAUAUCGGGGGCACAUUGUAGGUUUAUUAUCCCAAAGAAAUAAAUAAAGUAAACAUGUGCUGUUAAAUCUGUUGAAUUACAUAAAAAAAAAAAAAAAGAAGACAUGGUGAUGGUUUUCAUUUUCUUGGGGAGAAUAAUUUUGUUUCUUGUUUUUCAUUUGAGAGAAUAAAAAGGUUUUAUUGUUUAAACUGUACAAACUGAACCAGCCUGUAAAUGUGAUUCGACUGUUUUUGAUUCAACCGAU